UUCAUGAAAUAAUAGUCGAUUAUCUUUGAAGCGUGAUACAGACUAUAUUAAGGGAUAAUAAUAAGAGAUUAAGCUGUUUAAAACCGAUUUUAGAAGUAACAAGCUUAGAACAUGGCGUUGAGAUCGAUCUGCCGGCUGUCAAUUGAUUCGACCUUCAGCCAUUUGAGCCAUUUGGGUGCCACCGUCCGGCCGAGACGAUCGUCUUCUGCAUUCUGCGCACGAACUUUUGCUGUUACGGCUAAGAAAAUGUACGUCGAAAAGGAAUUGCCACUUGUUUACUUCGAAAUGAAUGCGGACAAUAAGCCCGUGGGACGCAUUGUGAUGGAACUAAGAAGCGAUGUUGUCCCAAAAACUGCAGAGAAUUUCCGAGCUCUUUGUACUGGUGAGAUGGGCUUUGGUUAUAAAGGAAGCAGUUUUCAUAGAGUGAUUCCAAAUUUCAUGUGCCAAGGAGGUGAUUUCACUAACCAUAAUGGCACUGGGGGAAAAUCCAUUUAUGGAACAAAAUUUAAUGAUGAGAACUUCUUUUUGAAGCAUACUGAACCUGGUAUUCUUUCUAUGGCAAAUGCUGGUCCUGAUACUAAUGGCAGCCAGUUCUUUAUUACCAGUGCUAAAACAGGCUGGCUUGAUGGCAAACAUGUUGUAUUUGGAAAAGUUGUUGGUGGAAUGGACGUUGUUAGGAAAUUGGAAAGUAUGGGAUCCCAAAGUGGAAAGACUUCCAAAAAGAUUGUAAUAGCUGACUGUGGAGAACUAAAUACGUUCAACUAGAUACUCUAAUGACUGCAUUUUUAUUUAGCUGUUGCAUACAACUGUUGCUGUCUUUAUUGUACAACUCAUUCAUUCUAAUCAUCACCAUUUUACUUUAAUAUUGCGGAUUUAAUUUUCUAUUAAAAGAAAUGUAUAACUUUCAAAAUACAGUUGACUUCCUCUUAAUCGGCCUGUAUGGGACCGGACAUCUGGCCGGAUAAACGAGUAGCCAGUUAAUCCGACGAUAUCACUUUCAGUUGUAAGCAACAAAAAAAAUGCAUAUAUAUAUAUGCAUAUAGUAUUUAUUAUUU